AUGGCUUUUAAACAAAUAGAAGGUGAUUUUAAAGAACAAUAUAUAAGACUCUAUGACUACGCAAACGAGUUGCUUCGGGCUAAUCCUGGUUCAACUAUCAAACUUAAGGUUGAACCUAAUGAGGACAAUAGAAUUUUCAAGAGAAUGUAUGUAUGUUUGAAGGGUUGUAAGGACAACUUCGUGUCUUGUAGGCCUAUUAUAGGUUUAGAUGGUUGUUUCUUAAAAGAAAAAUAUGGAGGUGAGUUGUUAACUGCGGUUGCAAGAGAUGGGAAUGAACAAAUGUGUCCUUUGGCAUAUGCUGUUGUUGAGGUGGAGAAUAAGGACAAUUGGCAGUGGUUUUUAGAAUUGCUUAUUGAUGAUCUUGGUGGUCAGGAGCUUUAUUCAACAAUCACAUAUAUUUCAGAUCAACAAAAAGGACUUGUUCUAGCAUUACAAGAACUUCUACCUGGUGUAGAGAACAAAUUUUGUGUGCGCCACAUUUAUGCAAAUUUUAGGAAGAAAUUUCCUUGUCAUAUUUUAAGACGUCUAUUAUGGAAAGCAACAUCAUCAACACACCCUCAAGCAUGGGAGACAGUGAUGAGAGAAAUUAAAGAUGUCAAUCCAGAUGCCUUUAAACACUUGCUAGCAAUUCCACCAAGAUAUUGGUCACGUUCAAGGUUUACAGGUAAUGCUGUGUGUGACACAUUAGUCAAUAAUAUGUCAGAAGCUUUUAACAGUGUCAUAGUACAUGCAAGAGGCAAGCUCAUCAUCAUAAUGAUGGAAGACAUUCGUAUCUACAUCAUGAAGAGAUGGGCAACAAAUAGACAGAAAAUAACAACAUUUGAAGGUUGUCUUUGCCCAAAGUUGGUCAGAUAUUGGUCACGUUCAAGGUUUACAGGUAAUGCUGUGUGUGACACAUUAGUCAAUAAUAUGUCAGAAGCUUUUAACAGUGUCAUAGUACAUGCAAGAGGCAAGCUCAUCAUCAUAAUGAUGGAAGACAUUCGUAUCUACAUCAUGAAGAGAUGGGCAACAAAUAGACAGAAAAUAACAACAUUUGAAGGUUGUCUUUGCCCAAAGGUUAAAAAAAGAUUUGAAAAGGAAUUGCACAAGACGAAAUUUUGGAUACCUAGUUGGUCAGGUAUGAAAAUUUUUGAGGUCAAACACACUUCAAUAAUUGGUGAGAAGUAUGUGGUUGACUUAGAUAAAGUGGAAUGCAGUUGCAGAAAGUGGACUUUAACAAGAAUCACAUGCUGUCAUGCACUAGCUGCCAUGAAUGUUUUGAACAUCAAUGGAGAAGACUACGUCUCAAAUUGGUUUAGAAGGGCAACAUACCAAGAAACAUAUAUUCCAAUGAUAUACCCUGUCAACGGUCAUCACCUAUGGGAAAUGACAUAUCAUCCUAAUGUUUUGCCUCCACCUAAAAGGGUGUUACCUGGUAGACCAAAAAAGAAGAGAAGGCUAUAG